AUGUCGUCAUCAGGAAUUGUAACUUCCGCUUCAACAGUCUCCACCACAAAUGCUUCGAAAAAAGGAAAAUGGCCACCCCUACGGACCACAUUUAUGGCAUCAAUAGUGGCACUUGGCAGCUCUUUUAGCUUUGGAUUUCAAUUGCUCAUCACUAAUCCAGCACAAGGGUCAUUUAUAAAGUUCCUGAACGCUUCCAAACACUCCAACGAUCCGGACGACGCUAGGAUUGCUCAUUUGGAAAAUCAGUGGUCCGUCAUCGUUGCCAUUUUCUUUUUGGGUUCAAUGACAGGAGCGUUUUUCAUCAAAACUGUGGCGGAGAGAUUUGGUCGAAAAAAGGGAAUCAUGUUAGCGAUCGUCACCCAAAUCACCUCUUCUCUUCUAGCAAUAACCAGCUACUGGAUAGUAAAUCACUAUUUAUUCGCAUUUGCUCGGUUUACAAUGGGUAUGGGAAUUGCCGUUGCUAUGGGUAUAGCAGCAAUGUUUGUGACGGAAUCCAGCCCCGCCCACUGCCGUGGCAUCGCUUCUCUACUCAACGGAGUCUGCCUCCAAUCCUCCCUAACCAUUGGAGCGGUCCUUGCAAUGCCAAAGCUUCUAGGAACUGAAGAUCUCUGGUGGACCCUCUACCUCUUCCAACUAACCAUCAAUACAGUAGUCCUAUGUAUUCUACCAGUGGUCCAUGAAAGCCCAAGCUACUUAGCUUCUCAAGAAGUCAAACAUCACGAUAUCUUCAAGUCAAAAGUCACAGAAUCCGUUAAAUUCUACCAUGAGAUUCCCUACGAGGACGCUGAGAGAAUAGCUGAGACUCUGAUAUCCACCCAUCAAAUAUCUCGAAGCCAAGAAACAAUUUUCUCCGUCUGGAGAUCGCCGUUCAAUCGUCGUGGGACCCUUCUCGGAAUGAUGGUUACUGUAGCGAUGGCAAUGUCGGGGAUUACUGUAAUUAAUGCAUUCGCUUUUGAGAUUUUGAUGGAUGUUGGUAUGGAUCAGGACACUGCUGCUUUCGCGAACGCAUUCAUUUGUGUCUUCUCGUUGGCUGGAAUUAUGGUUUCCACGUGGAUUAUUGAUCAUUUUGGGAGACGACCGCUGAUUAUUACGACUUUUGGAUUUUUGACAAUUGUCAAUGUGGCCAUUAUUAGUUUGAUGUGGGCGUAUUCUGAGACACAGAACCAAAUCGUCUCCUAUCUUUUGAUCUCCUCCAUUUGUAUGUUCAAUUUCCUUUUCGCAAUGGGACCCGGACCAAUUUCCAUGUUUAUAACCGGAGAGUUGGUACCACAAACCUGCAGAUCCGCAUCUUCUGUAUGGACCAACGCCGUUAUGGCGGCAGUCCGUUUCCUAACCCUGACUUCCUACCUUCCCGUCAAGAACUUGACAUCUGAACCAGUCGCCUAUGCGAUUUUUUUCAUUAUCCCUAUGAUUGUUGCUGUUGUCGUACUGUACUUUUUACUACCGGAGACAAAGGGAAGAAAUGUUGAGGAGAUUCGAGAGGAGUAUGAGAGAAAAGCACUGCUACAAUAA